AUGACCCCUCCUCGUGUCAUUGUUGUUGGCGGAGGCCUGUCUGGUCUCAGUGCCGCUCAUACUGUCUAUCUGAACGGAGGCAACGUCCUUGUUCUGGACAAGAAUAACUUCUUCGGUGGCAACUCGACAAAGGCCACCUCUGGUAUCAACGGUGCUCUCACCCGAACCCAGGUCGACCUCGGUAUUCAAGACAGUGUCAAGCAAUUCUACGAGGAUACGCUCGAAUCUGCCCGUGACCAGGCCAGACCAGAUCUCAUUCGAGUCCUCACAUACCAAUCCGCUGCGGCCGUGGAAUGGCUGCAGGACGUCUUCAAUCUUGACCUCACUCUUGUUUCUCGAUUGGGCGGCCACUCUUUUCCCCGUACCCACCGUGGACACGAUGCCAAAUUCCCUGGUAUGGCUAUCACCUAUGCACUGAUGCAAAGACUCGAAGAGCUCUGCGAAUCCGAACCCGAGAGAGUUGAGGUCGUCAAGAAGGCCAGGGUCACAUCUCUAAACACGCAAGGCAACUUGGUCACCGGUGUUACCUACGAAUACGGCGGUGAGACGCACUCGGUGGACGGUGUUGUCAUUUUGGCUACUGGUGGAUAUGCCGCCGACUUUACAGAGACCUCCCUUCUCAAGAAGCACAGACCGGACACCUUUAACCUGUCGUCAACCAAUGGCACGCAUGCCACUGGAGACGGGCACAAGAUGUUGAUGGCCAUUGGCGCAAAUGACAUUGAUAUGGACAAGGUACAAGUGCACCCUACCGGUCUGGUUGAUCCCAAGGAUCCCCACUCCAAGUGGAAGUUCUUGGCUGCUGAAGCCCUUCGAGGCGAAGGCGGUAUUCUCAUCAACAGCGAUGGCCAACGAUUUUGCGACGAUCUUGGCCACCGUGACUACGUUUCUGGCAAGAUGUGGGAGGAGAAAGAGAAGGGCAAAUGGCCCAUCCGCCUGAUUCUCAACUCCAAGGCCUCAAACGUCCUUGAUUUCCAUACCCGACAUUACUCUGGUCGUGGCUUGAUGAAGAAGAUGACGGGCAAAGAGCUGGCCAAAGAGAUCGGCUGCGGUGAGGCUGCGUUGGAGAAGCAGUUCAAGGAGUACAACGCUAUUGCCAAAGGCGAAAAGAAGGAUCCUUGGGGCAAGAAGUAUUUCCACAACAUGCCCAUGGACAUCAAUGACACUUUCCACGUUGCACUGAUGGAGCCCGUUGUGCACUUCACCAUGGGUGGUAUGGAGAUCAACGACAAGGCCCAAGUGCUCAACAAGGAACACAAACCCUUUGAAGCUCUGUUUGCCUGCGGUGAACUUGCCGGUGGUGUGCACGGCGCUAACCGACUUGGUGGUUCAUCACUCUUGGGCUGUGUGGUCUACGGCCGAGUUGCUGGCGCAUCGGCUUCUCAAUACCUAUUCCACAAGCUUACCACUCAAGGAGGCGCCACCGGGGCUUCUCAGCGUCUAGGUCAAAUCUCGUUACACAUUGAUCCUAGCACCCCUGGUAAGAUCUCAGUGGAAUGGGGAAGCGGUGCUUCUUCAGCUCCCUCAGCCGGCACUCAGACGACCUCGCAGCAAGCCCAAAGGAGCGCGGCACCAGUGAUGGACGGCAACAAGGCCGAAGAACCCGGCAAGAAGAAGGAUGUCAACGAUAUCAGCAACUUCAAGGUCCCGGAUAAAGAGUAUAGUCUGGAAGAGGUGGCCAAACACAACAAAAAGGAUGAUCUGUGGAUUGCCGUCAAGGGUGUAGUGAUGGACGUCACCAACUGGCUCGAUGAGCAUCCAGGUGGUCCCCAAGCAUUAUUCAGCCACAUGGGCAAAGACGCUACCGAAGAAUUUGAGAUGCUUCACGACGACGAAGUGAUUCCGAAAUACGCUCCCGACAUCGUCAUUGGCCGCGUAAAGGGCCAAAAAGUUCGUCUGGAGUAUUAG